AUGCCGUCGAAGAAAGCCUCAAGGAAAUCUUCUGGUAAUCACCGAUCAACGCUUUCCCUACAGAAGACCGAGAUCGUUAUCAAUGUCUAUGACUUGCUCCCGCCCGGCAAACUGGCUUCAGUGCUUUGGGCGGUUGGCGCCUCUCUUCUACAUUCUGGAGUGGUUAUAAACGGCAGAGAAUAUGCAUACGGAGGGCAUGACAGGAGGGGCAUGACUGGCGUAUAUUGGACGAAACCAAGGAUAGAGCCGCCAGGAGGGACCUUCAAAUGUGAGAUUCUUCAUGGGUUCACACUGCGACCACACGACGAAAUAGAAUCGAUUCUCAGAGAAGCCUCCGAGUCUUUCCAAGGAACUUCAUAUAACCUCCUCAACAAGAACUGCAAUCACUUCACUCAGUACCUGUGCGAGAAGCUUACCGGAAGAUCGGGGCCAGGAUGGCUGAAUCGCGCUGCGAGUAUUGGAGUUGCCUUGCCGUGUGUGGUUCCUAAGGAAUGGAUCGCGCCUCCGGAUUUCGAGACGGCCGACGGAGAAUUAGUGGAUGAGGACGAUCGAAGUGAUUCAAACGAACGCUCUAGGAUGUUGAGCGAUAUGGAUUCAAGUCGCGAGAGACAUAGCCUUGAUGAUCGAAUAAGAGACGAGGUGGCGAACGAUGAGGAGUGGGAUAGUGAAGAGGAGCGAAGACAGGGAGGUAGUGGGAAAGGAAAGGCUCCUAUCAGAGAUACAUCUGGAAGGGUGGUACCACCUGCGGAAAGAGCCCCAGUCGGCAGAGGGAAAUCAGGGUUCUAA